UCAAUGUAACAUAGAAUUGGGUGCUGGUCGGAAACAAGCAAAAAAAUUCCACUUGGAAGAAAGAAAAGAAAACAAGUUUUCCAAUUGUGUCCCCAGAUUCUGUUUGGAAGCGCAGAAUCUCACCGGCCACCGUUGAGCGGUGACUUGUUCCUCUUUUCCACCCAAAGCAUAUUCUCUAUUCUCUCUCUCUGAUUCUCUUCAAUGCGGACCCAUUUUCAUUUUAUUUAUCACGCAUUUUCAUUCCAAAAGCUUCCUUUCAUAUUUAAUUCCCAGUUUCUCCCUCACAAUUUUAAAACCCCCUUACAAAAAUUUAAAAUAUCUAAAAAACCCCUCUCACAAAAGAAACGUUUUCUUCAUUCUCCUUUUUUCUUGGACCUCCAUUAAUUUUUUUUCUUUUUCAAAUCGAUCCUUGCGUUUCCGCAAUGAAGAACGAUUGGUUAUACCCAAUGGAUUCUGAUUCUCUGUAUCCGGAUUCACUCUUCUUCAAUGUGGAUCCUUUUAUUGUUCACAAUUUCAUUAACUCUAACACGAUCUUUUCUUUUCUCGAGAAUUCUAGAAGCUUCGGGAAUGACGCGUUCUGCUGCGUUUCGAAGUUCGCCGGCGCGUUUUUGCUAUUGUUCACUGGCGCUUCCGUCUCGAAUUUGGCGCAGGACAUUGCAGGUUCCAAUAACGGUUAUGGCGGAAUUCGAAUGGGGAAUGGUGGUGGUGCUGGUGUUGCAACUACUGGUUCUUCUGUUAGGGUUAAGAAUGUGCCUAGCGUUGGAAAUGAUGACGGGUUUGGGUUUCGGUUUAGGUCGAAAAGGAAGAGAAAUUUUUCGUCUGCGAGUUUGGGAAAGGUUUCGAGUUUAACGAUGGAUUUGAUUUGGAGAGAAGCUAAGAGGUUUCAAUCGUUCCCUGUUCUUUCAUUAGCUGCAGCAUUGGUGCCACCCCUUCAAAAUUUAUCAUCAAAUGUACUAGCUGGCCCAUGGCAGGAUCCUGAUGUGCCAAUGCAUGGAGGAACCGAACAAGUGGCUAAGGAGGUUGAGCGCCAAGGAUGUCCCCGUUUGUUGUUUCAUGAAUUGAAUCUAGCAAAAGCUGCAGUGGAGCCUAAAACUGGAAUUGAGUUUCCUAUGAUUCUGGAAAAUGCGUUGGCUGGAGAGCAGAGUGCUGGCUUCAACUCUGAGGUGCUGGUUGGUACAGGAUCUAAAAACAUGACAAUAGUUAGAAUCAAGUCACUGAAGCUCUAUGCUUUUGGAUUCUAUGUUCAUCCAUACUCCCUCUGUGAGAAACUGGGCUCAAAAUAUGCAUCAAUUUCCACUGAUGAACUGAAUAAUCGUCAGGAUAUCUACCAGGAUCUUCUGAGGGAAGAUAUCACUAUGACAGUCAGGCUUGUUAUAAAUUGCAGAGGAAUGAAAAUUAACAGUGUGAGAGAUGCUUUCGAGAAGUCACUUCGGGCUCGACUUGUUAAGACAAAUCCCUCAACAGACUUCAAUUGCAUAACUGCAUUUGGUUCACACUUCACACAGGAUAUUCCUUUACCGUUAGGAACAGUAGUUGAAUUCCGACGAACAGUUGAUGGACGUUUGAUAACUGAAAUUGGUGGCAAUCAGAUUGGAAGUGUCCACAGCAAAGAAUUGUGCAGAGCUUUCUUUGACAUGUACCUUGGAGAUUUCCCUGUUUGUGAGCAAACAAAAGAUGAGAUUGGCAGGAACAUUGCAAAUAUAAUUAGGAAGUGUUGAAAUGGUUGAUAUUUUACCUAAUUGUCCUGCUUUUAGAAUGGACAAUUUGGAUAUGGGUGGCAUAUAUCCUUAGGUUAUAGCUUAAGUACGAAGCACAAGCUCACUGGCUUCAUGAAAUUGAUUUCUAUCUGUCUUUAAAAGAUCAUGAUCAUUCCUUGACAUGAUCUUUUCAAGAUUUGUAAGCCACUGGCAUAGCAAAAGUUGAAUUGUUAUUGGAAAAUUCAUUGAUGAUUGAUGUGCAUCAAAGUGAUGCGCAUAUUCAUCCAGAUGUAUAAUCAUAUUUUAGCAAUUGAAUGGGAAAAAAAA